GGGGCCCCUGCACUUGCGGCUGGUGGGGGGGAUUCAAGGACCUGCCUUCCUGGCUCCUGAGGACACGUCUUCCCUCCUGCCAUCCCAGUCUCUCAGGUCUCCAAGGACUUGGAAAGGCACAAGGGUGACGAGGUGGCCCAGAAAGCCCAGGCUGCCAAGAUGUCGCAGAACAUGGAGAAGAUCCAAGCUGAGCAGAAGACAAUGAAAUCUCAGGACUCUGAGCUCUCCCAGAACCUGAAUGAACUUCGCGAGGACCUGAGCAACCUCCACUCCCAGGGCUUCAAUGAGAGACACACAGCCUUGCGUGCACUGGGAAGGCUCCAGGAGGAGGUGGCGAAGCUGUGGAUAGAGCUACGCACGUCCAACGCCCGGACCCCGGGAGUGACUCCAGGAGAGAAGCUGCCACCCACUCUGCCUAUUGUGCCCAUCACGGUGCCCACCACAGAGCCUGCCACGGUUCCCACCACGGUGCCCACCACGGUUCCCACCACAGUACCCACCACGGUUCCCACCACGGUGCCCACCACGGUUCCCACCACGGUACCCGCCACGGUUCCCGCCGCAGGGCCCGCCACGGGGCCCACCACGUUGCCCACCACCGCUGCCCCCCUGAGCCUCUCCUCCACCCCAGGCUCCACGUGUAACACGUGCCCCGAGCAGUGGGUCAGUUUCCAAAAGAAGUGCUACUACUUCGGCGAGGGCCCCAAGAAGUGGAUCGAGGCGCGCUUCGCCUGCAGCAAGCUGCAAGGGCGACUCGUCAGCAUCCACAGCCAGGAGGAGCAGGACUUUCUGACCAAACGCGCCAACAAGAAGGGCUCCUGGAUUGGCCUCCGGGACCUGAACAUAGAGGGCGAGUUUGUCUGGAUGGAUGAGAACCCCCUGGACUAUAGCAACUGGCAGCCGGGGGAGCCCAACAACGAGGGCGAGGGCGAGGACUGCGUGAUGAUGCAGGGCUCCGGGCGGUGGAACGACGCCUUCUGCCUCAGCCGCCUGGACGGCUGGGUGUGUGACCGGCUGGCCACGUGCUGACUGCCCACCAGCCACCUCGGCCUCCCCAGAGCCACGGGGCUGUGCCCAGAGUCGUGGACCCCCACAGCCCAGCCCACCCACCAGGUG